AUGAUUGCCCGACAAUGACGGCGAGAGACACUGACUACAGCGCACCCGUGUUGGUUCUCUUCGUAAAUUUUGUGCAUAGUGUCACUUCAAUUGAAAUUUUGUUUUAAAUUUUUGUAUAUUUCUAGGUAAUUUAUAAAUUUUACACCAUACGUGUUCUGCACUUUGUAUAAUGGAUUUUCUGAAUUAAAGGAAUUCAAUGAAAGUUAAACUGUGAUAUUCAUUAUUGAAGAAUUGUUUAUUUAUAAUUAAAUAUUAGUCUUUACUCCACACCUAUAUUGGUGUCUUUAGAAAAGUUAAUUUAUUUGUUGUUGGAUAAGAAGGAAGAAGAGAUAUAUUCGUCCCAGUAGGCGAAACGUAAAGACACGACGGACGUCUACGCAGAACGCGGGGGUGCUUCUCGUGUCUUCGGAGGAAGGGACGACGCCCGUUCCGAAUCCAAUCAGCAACCGCGUUGGAUACCUCCCUCGAUAAUUAGACGCGAUGCACUCGCCCAAGAGGAUAAUAAUGACGUUGUGUUUCGCAAGGUUCGCGGAAUACUUAAUAAACUUACUCCCGACAAAUUUCAAAAAUUGAGUGAUGACAUUUUACAAAUUGGUUUAAACACUAGUGAUGUUUUAAAAGGUGUCAUAUUUUUGAUUUUUGAAAAAGCUCUAGAUGAACCUAAGUACAGUUCUAUGUACGCACAGUUGUGCAAACGACUUAGUGAUGAGACUUCAAAUUUCUUAAUUGAUCAAGAUCCUAACACUUUUCGUGAGUUACUAUUAAAAAGGUGCAAAGUAGAGUUUGACAAUCGUUCAAAAGCUACUGCUGAAUUUGAAAAUGACAAUAGUUCUCCAUUAUCGCCAGAAGAUGAAGAACGUCGACAAGUGGCCAAGCGUAAAAUGCUUGGAAACAUUCGAUUUAUCGGUGAACUUGGUAAAUUGGAAAUUGUGGCAGAACAAAUAUUGCAUAUGUGCAUCCAACAGUUAUUCCCACGCAAGUCCAAUGUCAAGGACACGUCGGAGGACCUCGAGUGCUUGUGUCAGAUAAUGAAAACUUGUGGAAGAAUAUUAGACACUGAAAAGGCAAAGCCACUAAUGAAUCAGUAUUUUGAUAGAAUUUCUCAGUAUGCUGAACAUCCUGAGUUACCUUUAAGAAUAAAAUUUAUGUUGAUGGACACAAUUCAACUUAGGAAAGACAACUGGGUGCCACGUAAAGCUACAACUACUGAAGGACCAAUGCUUAUGGAUCAGGUUACUGAUAUUGUAAGCGGGGAAACUAAUGGACAAAACCAAAGAAGUAUCCAAUUGCAAAAUGUUAACCAGUCCAAAGAAAUGUUUAGACGCUCACUGAAAAUACGAGAUGAUAUGAUAAGUUCUACUCCGGUAUUACCAUUUAAUUCAACAAUGCCUGAUAAAUUUAAUUCAAUAAAUGGUUUUACGAAUUCCUCAAAUAACUAUUAUAAUGUGAAUGGACGAAAAAAUCCAGGACUUUUGAAUCUAAAUUCUGGCAACAAUUAUUAUUCCCCAGCUAGAGUAAAUUAUACUAUAAACACUCAGCAGACAAAUAAUGUCAAUAGUAACAUGAAUAACAACAAUAUGAAAGAUCUGGGCCCAAAUAUUAAAAAACUUCUACGUGCUCAACAAGGUACGAAGCCAGAAGAUAUGUCACUACGUCCAGCUGCUAACAGUAUGUUAUGCAAACCUAUUCAAAUUAAACCUCCUCCAUUAUCAAUGACUAUGGGACAAACACAUCAAAAUAAGCCAGUAACAGAGGUGCAGCAAAUACAAUUUAAACAAACUGGACAAGAGAAACAUAAACACCAAAAAAAAGAUAAAGGCGUUUCUAAAGAAGAAGCCAUUAAAAAAGGUUUAGAUAUUUUAGAUAAACUUGGUACUGAUCCAUCAAUGGAUGCUAAUAAAGCAGCUAAAUCAUUUGGUGAUAUAAAAGUGCCUGAACGUUAUCUGGCAGAUGUAAUGUAUGUUCUUCUUUUUGAUAGACUUCGAAAAAGAGUUGAUUUAGAUGAAGACUUACUGCUUCGUUUUACUCAAGAGACAAAAAAACAAUGUAUUAUUUCUAAUACAAAUGCUUUAGAUUGUCUAAAACGAUUUUUAUUAAAAGGUCCAGAUUAUGAAUCUGAUGAUGACAAAACUUUAUAUAAACGUUUUGCUAAGUAUGCUGCAGAAUUUUGUCAAAGUUCAACUACUCUAUCAGAACUUGCAGAUACUGUAGAAAAUGGUAGAAGGUAUCCUGCAUUAUUAAUGCUUUUACAAGAAUUGAAUGAAAAAAUUGGAAAAUCUGAAUUAUUGGCAAUAUUUAAAGAAAGUAAAAUAAAUUUACUAAACACAUUACCAGAAUCAUUACGAACUAAAGAGCAGUUGGCUGAGAUUUUACAAGAACAAAAUUUGACAUUCUUAUUUCCGUUGUUGGGUAUACAAUCAGAUUUAUGGAAACAAAUUACUAGUGAUCCCAAUCCAACACAAUUUUAUAAAUGGAUUAAAGAAAAUUUAGAUCCAGUUCACUAUACUGAUCCAGGCUUUAUAACUGCUUUAACUACUGUAAUGGUGAAAUAUAUAACUCAAGAGACAAAUAGUGGAGAAGGAUCUGCCUCUAAGACUGAUCUCGAAAAAGAGAAAAGUCUAAUUGAAAAAUUUAAACCCAUUAUGCGAACGUUUUUUGAUGAACGUAUUGAUUUACAAAUGAAUUCUAUUUAUGCUUUACAAUCCUAUUUCUUUUCUUUAGAUUUCCCUAAAGGAUUAUUAUUAAGAUGGUUCAAUUUAAUGUAUGAAUUAGAAAUAGUAGAAGAAGAAGCAUUUUUAAAAUGGCGAGAAGAUGUGACUGAUGUAUAUCCUGGAAAAGGAAAGGCAUUAUUCCAAGUUAAUACAUGGUUAACCUGGUUAGCCGAAGCUGAGUCGGAAGAUGAAGAAGAUGAUGACGAUUAGAUUUUAUAAUAAAAUGUUCCACAUUUUUCCGGUUUUUGGUUCUCCUGUAGAAUUAAUUAUGUUUGUUUAAUAUAGUAAUUUACUUAUUCUUGUAAAUGCCUUUUGUGGGGCAAAUUAUCUUAUUUAUAAUUUUGCCAAACAUUUAUUAAUAUAAAAUCAUAUAUGACUUAAAAAAUUCUAAAAAUAAUUUGACAAGAAAAUUUGUAAAAAAAAAAAAAAAAAAUCGUUUUGCUAAAUUUUGUGUUAUACUUCAAAUUAUACCUCAUUUUGGUUAAUUUUAUCAAUUAUUUUUUGCUAAUAAGUUCCCUAAAAUUCAUGUUACAUUAUUUAAGUAUAUCAAUAAAUGUAUAUUAGACAAAAA